AUGAAGCUCGAGUAUAUGCUAGAGCCCGGCCCUUAUGUCACCGUCUGCAGCGACAUGGUCGGCAACAGAAAGCGAAAGAGACAGACACCCUACGGAGCUUUCGUCCUGACGGAUUCUGAGUCGGACAUCGAUGUCGGAUGCGAGAUCGAAACCGGUCGCCAGUCGAAAGACGCUUCUCCUCACAAGAAACCGCGACGACGAAGAACGGCCUUCACUCAGGCGCAGUUGGCUUAUCUCGAAAGACGGUUCCGAUCGCAGAAAUACCUCAGUGUCGCGGAUCGUGGUCAGGUCGCUGAAAUACUAAACUUAUCCGAAACUCAAGUCAAAACCUGGUACCAAAAUCGUCGCACCAAAUGGAAACGCCAGACGAACAUGAGGUUGGAACAUUUGCGUCAGGCUGACGGAGGAACCGCGGAGGACAUCAGUUUAGACGGCGAGCCUGACGAAGAUCAGCAUUCACCGAUAGAGAGACCGCUUUCCUUUCUGGGGACCGAUCAACGAGCUAACUCUCUCCUUCCGUCCCACCUCCAAACCUGUUUUCUGCCCCAGAACCUGUUCACAUCAGUUUACAUGAGCGGAAUCUUACAAAAUCACCUGCAGCCCAAGGAUCGAGAAAUGAUUUGAUUCAAGAAGCUCACCGGAUGACCCUGUCUCCUGUGUCGUUGAUCGACGAUGUGAAAAUCACCAGUUUGCGCGAUUCGUACUUCCAAGCGCUCAUGUCUGGAAGAGUGAGCCGAGCCCGCUCAUACCCGGUAUUUGUCC